AUGUCCGAAGGAAAGCUCUCAUUCACCAUCCGUCGUCCUCCACCCUCGGCUUCACCGUCUCAACCAGUGGCAAGGACCGACCUUGAGCCACCCCCAUCACGUCCCAAUGGCCGGCUUCUACCACCGGGAAUUGCUCGAGCGCGCUCUUCAGCUGCCUCACGCUCUAGCCCACUAGCCCGGACUCAAAAACGGUUUGCUCCGGUCGAAGAUGACAGCAGCGAGGAAGAGGGAACGGAAGAUGAGAUCAUCACUGGGUUUGACGAGCUCGGAGUUGAGCGGUGCGCUAUUUUCACAUCUCAGAAACAAGCAGACCGCAACUCACCACAAGGCUUUGGUAGAGCUCAUAAACCCCGACAGACUGCGGCUGCACAUCUUGUGAUUGCUCCGCUUCCGAACAAGGAUUGGAGGCAGAGCUCGUAUGCGAAACGACAUGCUGCUGAGCGGUACUUGCCGCCUGGAGCGAGGGAGCGUGCGGAAGCGGAGAAAGCGGGAGAAAUGGAUACACGCGAUGUGAUCAAUUCUGGUCCUCAACUUGCCGGGUUGACACUGGCUGCUCCGAAGCUUGAUGAUUUCAAGAUGGAGGAGAAGGUGGAAGUCAAGGUUCAGCCCGAGGAAGAAGUGACGGUGAAGAUGGAAGUUGAAGAGACACUUGAGCAGCGGGCGCUUCGCGCUCUCCUCACGGGGGAAGACGAGAAACCGCACAUUGACACUAUCCCCAUGCACGUUCCUACCGAAGCCGAAGCAUACCAAGACGAUGUCGUUACGCGUCCCGACUCACCGACGCUGGACGACUACAAGCGUGUCCCGAUCGAGGAGUUUGGGGCGGCCCUCUUGCGCGGGAUGGGGUGGAAACCGGGCGAAGCGGCAAGCAGGACACGUACAGGACCGACGGAACCUUGGCUUCCCAAAGCUCGACCGGCGUUCUUGGGCUUGGGGGCGAAGGCGAGACCGGAAGAUACACUUCACGAAGAGGACAAGGACAAGUCGAGAAAUAGGAAAGCGGCGAUGAAGUAUGUCCCGCUCGUUAAGAGGGUGGCAGAGGUGAAGACGAAUGGAGAGAGUGGGAGUUCGAGUGCACGAAGUAGCGACGACGAGGGUCGGUCACUUUCUCGACCGCUUUCUCGCUCAGACCGAGAAAGGGAUCGGGAUCGAGACCGGUCAGACCGUGAGGGUGAACGUGAGCGUCGCCGAGACCGGGAUUACGACCGAGAUCGGGAUCGGCGGAGGGAAAGCGACAGGGAUGAAACGAGGUAUUCUGACCGAGAAGAUCGGAGAGACCGGGACCGGGAUUGGAGAUCGGACCGAGAUCGUGACAGGCCUAGCGACGGCCAAAGGGAAAGAGAACGAGAUGAGUAUAAAGAGCGGAAUAGGGACAGGGAUUCGAGGAGGUAUGACGAUAAAGAGAAGGACAGUUGGCGCAGAGGGCGCUGA